AUGGAGGCCUCGUCCGACUCGGGGCCCCAAGCCUCGGCCUCGGUCUCGGCCACGGCGCCGCUGCGCGCCCCAGAGGUGGCGCGGCUCCGCGAGGAGCAGGAAAAGGUGGUCACUAACUGCCAAGAGAAAAUCCAGCAUUGGAAGAAGGUAGAUAAUGACUAUAAUGCACUUCAGGAAAGACUCAGUACAUUGCCUGAUAAGUUGUCUUAUAAUAUCAUGGUACCAUUUGGCCCCUUUGCUUUCAUGCCAGGAAAACUCAUCCAUACUAAUGAAGUCACUGUUUUACUUGGGGACAACUGGUUUGCAAAGUGUUCAGCAAAGCAGGCUGUAGGCUUAGUUGAGCACAGGAAAGAACAUAUAAGAAAAACAAUCGAUGAUUUUAAAAAUGUCAUGAAAAGUUUUGAGUCAAGAGUUGAAUUUACAGAAGAUUUACAGAAAAUGAGUGACGCUGCAGGUGAUAUUGUUGAUAUAAGAGAAGAAAUUCAAAGUGGCUUUGAAGUUAAAGUAAAACACCGAAUUGCUCAUAAACCUCACUCCAAGCCAAAAAGUGUAGAUAUUUUUAAAGCAGAUUUUACAGAUCAUUUAAAAUCCACGGAUUUGCUUGCUGAUAAGGAACUUUGGGCUCGACUUGAAGAACUCGAGAAACAAGAAGAAUUGCUGGGUGAACUGGAUAGUCGGCCUAAUACUAUGAUUGCAAAUGGGGAAGAGAUGACUUCUUCUGAAGAGGAAAAGGAGGAUCAAAACGCAAAUCUGAAUGUGAUGCAACAAGGCAAAGACUCUCUUGUCCCCAGCAGUUGUCCUAAGGACUUGGAACGGUUCAAUGGCCAAAUGGAUAGUCAAUUGAAUUCUUUAGUGAAUGGUUCAGAUUCUUAUCAUAGUAAUGAAGAAGAGGAUGAUGAAGAAGAUAGUGACAAUGAAAAUGAACUUGAUGCUUUAGGGCUUGGAGAUAAUUCUGUACCAACGAUAUAUUUUUCUCAUACUGUGGAACCUAAGAGGGUUCGAAUAAAUACUGGAAAAAAUACCACUUUAAAGUUCAGUGAAAAGAAAGAAGAAGCCAAACGUAAGCGGAAGAACAGUUCUGGUGGUGGUCAUUCUGCCCAUGAGCUGCCUACGAUCAGGACACCUGCUGACAUUUACAGAGUCUUUGUUGAUAUUGUGAAUGGAGAGUAUUUUCCUCGUAAGUCAAUUCUGAAGUGUCGGAGCCGAGAGAACAGUGUGUGUAGUGACACCAGCGAAAGCAGUGCUGCUGAGCUGGACGACAGGCGGGGGGUGCUGAGGAGCACCAGCUACGAAGAAGCCACUGGCAGCGACAGUAAUGAGAACCCUGUGCGAGAGGAACAGCAAGAAGACAACCAUCCAAAGAAACGCUUGCCCUUGUCAGGAACACCUGAGGCCUUUUCUGGAACUGUAAUAGAAAAAGAAUUUUUGUCACCCUCCUUAAAUCCACACUCAGCCAUUGCUCAUCCUGCGCUGCCCACCAUUCCAGAACGAAAAGAAGUUCUGUCAGAGAUACCAGAGGAAACUACCAAGAGGGUUUCAAAGUUCAAAGCUGCCAGAUUGCAACAGAAAAAUUAA